AUGUAUAGAUUCAACAAAAUACUCGAUGCUUGCUUGGUGGCAUUGAUGUCAUACCAUUUGGUCAUAUCACCAUAUACAAAAGUAGAGGAAUCUUUCAAUAUUCAAGCUAUACAUGAUAUACUAAAUUAUGGGGUAUUUCCAUCAGACGUCAUUGAGAAUUACGACCAUAAAUCAUUUCCAGGAGUUGUUCCAAGAACGUUCAUAGGGAGUUUGUUAAUAAGUCUUAUAGCUAAACCCAUAAUCUUUAUUACUUCGUUCUUUGGCUAUGAUUUAUUGACAAAUCAAGAUCAAUUGCAACUUAUUGUACGAGCGAUUUUAGGGUUAGCUAAUAUCUCAAUGUUGAUACGUCUCAGAGAUAGUUUGAAUAAGAUCACAUUCAGGGAUAAGAAAAGUGCAACCAAAGGUUUAAUAGGAUUCUGGUAUUCGAUACUUUUGCUUUCACAAUUCCACAUAUUUUAUUAUUCAUCCCGUACUUUACCAAACUUUAUUGCAUUACCAUUUGUGAAUUAUUCUUUGAGUCUUUUACUUGAAGGAAAUAUUGCAGGUUUCACAUGGUUAGCUAUGGUGGGUGUAAUAUUCAGAUCCGAAGUUGGAUUGUUUGGAGGAAUUAUUGCAAUAGUUUCAUCCUUAGGAUUUGGAGAAUCGAAUAUCUUCACGAACUUGUUAUUUUUAUUUGCUGGGACUGUGUUUGGUAGUAUCACGUCGGUAGUUAUUGAUUCUUACUUUUGGGGUAGAGUCUUGGUCCCUGAAAUUGAUUCCUUCAUUUUUAACGUUAUUAAUGGUAAUUCUCAAGAUUGGGGCACUGAGCCUUGGGGUGCUUAUUUUAAGAAGUAUUUACCUCAAAUUUUUAGACCACCAAUUAUUCUAGCAUUGACUGGACCUGGGUUAAUUAGUGAUCCUGCUGACGAUGGAAUCGAGGAUACUAAAAUCAGACACCCGGCCAGAAAUUCACUUCGAAUUUUGUUCAUUUCAUCAAUAAUUUUUGUUGCACUUAUGUCGUUUCAACCUCAUAAGGAAUGGAGAUUUAUCGUUUACACAAUUCCAAUUUUCACAUUACAAGCUGCAAAUGGUAUGGCUAAUAUUACGAUGAAGCGGAGUUUGAGUUUUUCAAAUAAAUUAUUGACUGUCAUAAUAUCAUUCUUAGUUUUACUUAGUUGUGUAUUAUCGUUACAAAUGGGGUAUGUGUCAAGCUUCAAUUAUCCAGGUGGUCAUGCUUUGGCUUACACAAAUGAUAUAAUCAGAAACAAUCACAAUAAUGCCCUCAAUGUUCAUAUCGAUGUGCCAGCUUGUAUGACUGGAGUAACAAAAUUUGGAGAAAUUCAUGAACCAUGGGUGUCUUAUGACAAGAGUGAAAAUGACGAUUUAAAUUUGAGCCAAUUCGAUUUAGUCAUCACAAAAGAUAAAUUGGAGAAUUGGAGGUUAUUGAGAACAUUUAAAGUAUUCCACAAGAUAACCUUUGAUACGAUCUAUAAAUUACUUGUUUCACAUAAACUCGACAAAUCUACUUUUCCAACUUUAAUUUCAAUGAUUUUUCAAGAUUUCAUACAUGGUUCUACCGAAACUUUUAAAAAUUUAUUAAAAUCUACCAUAAUGCUAGAGGAUUACAUAAACGUAUAUGCAAAUAGAAAUUCUAGCAUAGACGUUAAUAGUUUAAGGAAUUAA